UCUGGUCCUUUUGUGUGUCCAUAUCUUUCCACAUGAUGUUGGUGGUGGGGAGUACAGAAAAAUACUGCCUACCUUUUACCUCGGGGGUUUCAGUAAGACCCUGCUACAUGAAACGAUUCCGAUUUAUUGAUAGUUUUCAACCAGAUGGGGAAGCUGUGCGUAAAGACGCAACAAGAUGAUGCUUUAAACAGCUGGUAGACUCCCAAAACGUUUAUAAGAAUAUGAGCUUUUAUCAUUUCUGUCUUGAUAGAGUCUUUUAUAUUUGUUUUAAAUGACUUCAAAUGCAGCUCCGACCAAGACGGCUGAUGAGCCUCACUGAUUUGUGCGUGCCAAGAAAGAAAGAGGGAGAAAAAGAGGAAAGCGAAAACAUGGCUGGUUUGAUGGCAGGUUUUGGUCACUACACCCAUGCGGUUGUCCGGGGAAUCCCCGCGUCCCUGGCCAAAGAGGCGCUCAGGACCAGCCAGGCGGAGGUGGACCUGACAAGGGCGCGGACRGAACACGAGGCGUACGUCGAGGUGUUGCGGACGAGGCUCGGGCUGGAGGUGGUGGAGCUGCCCGCGGACGAGUCGCUCCCGGACUGCGUGUUCGUGGAGGACGCGGCAGUGGUGUGCGGCGAGACGGCGCUCAUCACCAGACCCGGGGCGGAGAGCAGGAGGAGAGAGGCUCAGUGCAUCUGCCUCUGCCACAAUCUGGAUUUCAUUGGAUUUCUCAGAUGGAGCUGCAGGAUGAAGUGGAUUGAACAAACUGGGGAAAAACAUCAAAGCCCAUAACACUUCUUGCACUUUCUGUUGGAGCAGGUACAUGAUGCCUCAGGAUAUUAAAGAAACUAACUACAAAGGGUA